AUGGCCCUUUCAAAAGAAUACACCAAAGAACAACUGAAUUAUUUCAGAAUUUGUUACGUAACAACUGAUAUCCUAACAGAAGGCCUGAGAGAAAUUUUUAAACAAGAAUGGGAUAAACAGUACAAAUCAACGAAAGGAGAAUGGAAAGACGAGCCUCGUAAUGGACUGGACUUUUAUAACGGGGAGUCUCCCAAAAACCAAAGAAGAAAUGCUCACCUUUUAGUCACCAUGCAAAACGGAAGUAGAGAAGAAUGGGAUUGUACAAUGCUUUUCUACUCCAUCCUUUUUUCUGAUAGUGUUGGGGGUAGCGUUAACGCAACUGUAAGGAAACAUGUAGAUGAUCUCAGAAAUUUCAGAAACCAAGAAUUUGCUCAUAUGGCACAAGGCAGUCUCUCUCUGAGAGAUUUUCAGAGAGCCAUUAGCAAAGUUGAAGUGGCUUUUCGAGCGCUGGGUCUUCCCACUGGUGAAAUCCAAGAUAUAAAAAAUCAGAAAACGUUUGCAACAGAAGAAUUGCAAAAAAUCCUGAAAAAGGUUGAUAAUCUCAAAAAGGAAGUUCAAGUCCUUGAAGAUCAACUCCAGAAAGAAACACCUUCAUUCUGUAUUCUUCCUCCUAAACCUUCACAUGACAUCGGUGGUCGUGAUCGCGAGGUAUCCAAAACAGCCCAAGAGCUAAGAGAGUUGAAGGAGUCCAAUGAAAACAGGUUGAGUUUCCUAUACAUCUCAGGAAAUCCUGGAAGUGGCAAAUCACAGCUAGCUGGUCUCGUAGCUAAAAGGUUCUUUGACGAAUUCAAAGAAAAACCAGAUAAUUCUUCAUUUGUAAUGACCUUAAAUGCCGCGAGUCAAGAUUCACUUCUGGAGUCAUAUGCCUCAUUUGCUCGCCAUUUAAAGUGCCCAGACCACUCAGUUAUGGAAACCCUCAACUCAAAGGACUUGAAUGUAGAGGAAAAGAUCACUAAUCUUAAGAUGCUUAUUGCUGUAAAAGUUAGUUGUUACACGUCGUGGCUGAUGGUGGUUGACAAUGUCACAACUAUGUCCUCUGUUUUUGUCCAUCUACCACAGUCUGGAAACGAAGCUUGGGCCAGGGGUCAGUUGCUAAUCACAACGCAAGAAACAAAGUCAGUCCCCCUAAAAAGCUCUUUUGUUUAUCACAUCUCAGUUAGCAAAGGUAUGGAGACCGACGAUGCCUGUUCCUUACUGGCCAAGCUUUCAGGGAUCCAAGAUAGCGAUCUCGUGAGAGAAGUAGCAGAAAAACUAGACUAUCAACCUCUUGCAUUAGCGGGAGCUGCCACCUUUGUGAAAGAGAUUCGGCAGGACAAAGCAUCAAGGCAUUUUGGCUGGAGCGAAUACCUGAAGAUGUUAGAAAAAGGUAAGAGAGAAACUACAGAGAAUACACUGGAAUACACAAACCCAAUUUACCCAAUUUCAAUGACCAAAGCCAUAAAGCUAGCCGUCGAAACACUGAUGAGAUCUGACAAACUUGUGAAGCACCUUUUCACUUUACUUUCCCUCUGCGCACCAGAACAAUUGAAAGUUGACGUAGCAAUUAGCUACAUCACAAACGUACACGAAGACUUUGAUGAAGCGGACAAGGAACUAAUACGCAUGAGUUUAAAGCGAUGCUCACUCUUGCUUUUCCAAGAUGACCAAGGUGGGGACUUCAUUCGUGUGCACCAGGUUGUGCAUGAUGCUAUAAAAAUGAUGAUGAGUACCCGUCCCGACAGUAAAACCCCUCAGGUUGUAAAUGGCGUUAUUACAACAUUCAAUAAUUUUAUAGACGCUGUUCCACCCAUGAAGAAGAGAUUGGACACCAUGCAUAUCGUUCCACAUUUAAAAGUCUUAACUAUGGUAACUGACAAAGUGUUUGUGAAAGAAAAUAUGUUUCAAAUAAAUGACAAAGACAUAGCAAGAAAAUGUGAAGGCCUUGGAAAUAUUUGUCAAAUGCAUUGUGAAUUUCACGUGGCAAAAAUAUAUUUGGAAUAUUCACUCACCAUUGAGCUUGAAAAGCUUGGUCCAGAACAUGUUGAUGUUGCAACAAGCUACCAAAACUUAGCUUUAAUUUACCAAGCCUUAGGUGACUUCGAGCACGCCAGGGUUUAUCAGCAACGUGCUCUAGAGAUUCAACUGGACAAGCUCGGUCCAGGACAUGUUAAUGUUGCAACAAGCUACUUCAUUUUAGCUUCCAUUUACCAAGACUUAGGUGACUUCGAGCAAGCCAAGGAGUAUCAGCAACGUGCUUUAGAGAUCGAACUAGAAAGGCUCGGCCCGGAACAUGUUGAUGUUGCAACAAGCUACCAAAACUUAGCUUCAAUUUACCAAGACCUAGGCGACUUUGAGCAAGCCAAGGAGUAUCAGCAACGUGCUCUAGAGAUCCAACUGGACAAGCUCGGCCCAGAAGAUGUUGCUGUUGCAACAAGCUACGACACCUUAGCUUCAAUUUACAGAGCCUUAGCUGACUUCGAUCAAGCCAAGAAGUAUCAGCAACGUGCUCUAGAGAUCCAACUGGACAAGCUCGGCCCAGAACAUGUUUAUGUUGCAACAAGCUACCACAACGUAUCUUUAAUUUACCAAGCCUUAGGUGAAAUCGAACAAGCCAAGGAGUAUGAGCAACGUGCUCUAAAAAUCCAACUGGACAAACUCGGCCCAGAACAUGUUUAUGUGGCAAUGAGCUACCACAACUUAGCUUCAAUUUACAACGCCUUAGGUGACUUCGAUCAAGCCAAGGAGUAUCAGCAACGUGCUCUAGAGAUCCAACUGGACAAGCUCGGCCCAGAACAUGUUCAGGUUGCAACAAGCUUCACCAACUUUGUCUCAAUUUACAGAUCCUUAGGUGACUUGGAGCAAGCCAAGGAGUAUCAGCAACGUGCUCUAGAGAUCCAACUGGACAAGCUCGGCCCAGAACAUGUUAAUGUUGCAACAAGCUUCAACAACUUUGCCAUUAUUUACAAAGACUUAGGUGACUUCGAGCAAGCCAAGGAGUAUCAGCAACGUGCUCUAGAGAUCCGGCUUGACAAGCUCGGCCCAGAACAUGUUCAUGUUGCAACAAGUUACUACGUUUUAGCGUUAAUUUACCAAGCCUUAGGUGUCUUCGAGCAAGCCAAGGAGUAUCAGUAACGUGCUCUAGAGAUCCAACUGGACAAGCUAGGCCCAGAACAUGUUGAUGUUGCAACAAGCUACCAAAAUUUAGCUUCAAUAUACCAAGCCUUAGGUGUCUUCGAGCAAGCCAAGGAGUAUCAGCAACGUGCUCUAGAGAUCCAACUUGACAAGCUAGGCCCAGAACAUGUUGAUGUUGCAAAAAGUUACUACAUUUUAGCUUUAAUUUACCAAGACUUAGGAGACUUCGAGCAAGCCAAGGAGUAUCAGCAACGUGCUUUACGGAUCCAACUUGACAAGCUCGGCCCAGAACAUGUUGAU